UUUAGUUCAGGCAUUUUUAGAGCCACCUUCGGGGGGGUCCUUAACACACCGCUUUGUUUACUACCACGUCACCAGGAAGUACAUCCCGGAGCGUCCAAAUCAGAAUGUUGCGACAGGACUCCCAAGAGGCUCUACUUUUCGGCGACGAAGAAGAAAAUGCCAAACAAAGAAAGUCUCGAAUCAGACAUCCCGUGGCAUCAUUCUUCCAUCUCUUCUUUCGAACAAGUGCGAUCGUGGUCUACUUACUGAGUGACAUCAUCAGCUCCCGUUUCAUUGUUUGUAUGGUCACCAUCAUCCUUCUGCUGUCAUGUGACUUCUGGACAGUCAAGAAUGUAUCUGGUCGACUGUUAGUGGGCCUUCGCUGGUGGAACCAAGUGGAUGAGGAUGGAAAGAGCCACUGGGUGUUUGAAUCAAGGAAGACAAACAACCCAAGCACCACUUCCAGCGCUGAGUCUCAGAUUUUCUGGCUUGGACUUAUCCUAUGCCCAAUCUUCUGGGUCAUCUUUGUUUUCAGCACUAUUGUCUCAUUUAAGAUUACAUGGCUGGUCGUGGUAAUAAUGGGGCUGGUUUUACAAUGGGCCAAUUUGUACGGCUAUGUCAGAUGCAAAGUGGGUGGAAAGUCCAGUUUGAGACACAUGGCAAAGAGCUACAUUGGUGUUCACAUUUUAAAACAGGCCCUGAAGACAACAGAGGGAUCUUGAAAUUGAAGACAAUGAGGAUCUAUUUGAUUGAGAUAUUCUGUUCCUGUUAUACGGUGGCUGGUGUUCACUGGUGGUGGGUUGUGGUUGAGUCCACUGGAUUUAUAAACUCAAGAUAACAGUCUUCUAUCUUUAUGGAAUUUUUUUGUUUCAGGGGGUUAAACUUCAUUUACUUGCUUUAAUAGAGCCCAGUCAGACGCAGCAGUUUUACUGCUUCAAGGUAAUUGCGAAAUGAAAGUUUAUUUGAUACUUGUAAGGUGAAAAAAAAAUAUUUUUAAUACAGCAUCUAAUUAAAUAUUCAGCUGUGAAAAUGGAAUUUAGGGAAAACAAUUUGUUUUCAUGAAGUUUGAAAUAUUUUGUAAUGUGGGCUACUUAAGUGUGAUUUUAUACUAAAAUCAGCCUUUUACUAAAAGUAGGACAAUAAAGUAUUGUUCACUGCAAA